AUGUCUGUGGCAAAGAUUGACCUACCAAGUACCAUCAACACCCGACUCAACUACUAUCUCGAUCUCGACCAAGGGGGCACCAGCGUAACGAGCUGCGAGGAGGACUUUACUUUGGAUAGAAAUGGCUUCCAGCUUGUGCAGCAUGAAAGUCGGGAGAAGUCGUUUGAUGAUGACGCGAGGGUGAAGGAUUUGGUGUAUCGAGAGACGGUUGGGUUGCUUAAGGAUGUCACCGGGGCGUCUUUGGUUGCGCCUUUCUCUCACAUCAUCCGACGGCAAUCAUACAAAGAGAGCAUCGAAGCCGCCAAGAAGGCGAAGGAGAUGGACAUUAUACGCUCUAUGAACCCAGCCAUAUUCUGUCACGUCGACCAGAGCUAUAACGGUGCUCUCCAAGUCCUGGAGGAUAAUAUGUCUCCUCCAGAAGCAGAAAGAUGGAAGCGGUCGCGAUGGGGAAUUAUCAACGUCUGGCGACCGAUCGAACGGGCCGUCCUCCGCGAGCCGCUCGCCGUCUGUGAUGCUCGAACGGUCGACGAGGCUGAUCUUCGUCCGGUCAUGGCUUUCUUGCCCCAGAAAGGCGCCGGAACGUUCGAUCAAGUCUCGAAAGGCAAAGGCUUUGAGAUCUGGAAUCUUGCGAAGAAUGAAGAUCACAAGUGGUAUUAUGCCUCGAGGAUGAUUCCUGAAGAAGUGCUCUUGAUCAAAUGCUUUGAUUCGAAGAACGACAGGGCGAGACUGAGUCCUCAUACUGCUUUUCAGUGCGAAUUCGACGAAGGACCGCCAAGACAGAGUAUUGAGCACGUGUCGGAUGUGGAAGAUCGAAUGCUACGGAAUGUGUCUGAUCUUGAGGAUCGAAUUGACAAACUUGAUCCCAGCCAGCUCACGCCUGCUGCUAGUGAGAACACUACUCUAAACACAUACGACUCUUAUGCUCCGCCGACCUUUCAACAAUCUGGCGAUGAGUGGCCUUACACCUUAUCAACUGCACCAGUGCAAGACCCUUGGUCCGCUUGGUACUCGUACUCCAAUGACUGGGCAACACCAAACCCUCCAGCCGCUACCGAUAACGUCGCUACAGAGCCCACGUCUGGUCCGGCGAAUCCGUCUCAUUCUCAAUUUGAGAACUCUUCGCCAGGCUCUGAAGGCGUGGCGUUCAGAGACCGUGAGAUCGCUCAGCUUGACGAGCUCAUGCGGAAAGCGCAGGAAAGCAUUCAGAACUCCGAUACUGUGAUCUCCGAGAAGGAUGGACAGAUUCAGCAGCUCGCAUCAGAGCGAGAUUAUUCGAACGAGAAGAUUGAAGAACUUGAGCGAGUGAUCUUCCACCGGGAGAACACCAUUCGAAAGUGCCGUGAGACCUUCGAAGAGCAGAAUAACCAACUUGAGCUCUUGCAAGACAACUGCGAAUCGAAGGAUGCUGCCAUUUACGGGUACAGUUCGAGGUAUUACACUCUGCAACAGGCUUUCCUCGACAAGAAGACGCAGCUUUGCCACGCUGAUCGACAAGUCCAACAGCUGCAGCACGCGCUUCACGAUAUGCGAACGAGCAUGGCCGACGAGAUAGCAGAGUUGAGGAACAUCAAAGACGAAGAGAUUGGGAAGCUCCGUGAUUUCUGCGAGGCUCGAGAGGCCGUUGUGCAGCAGCAAGAGCAGAUCAUUGCGCGCGGUGCCAGUCUCCUGGAGGACCGCGAUGCCGAGCUUGAGAAACUCGGCCAGCAAAUGAAGGGCUUGGAUGACGACUAUCGGAACGAAACAAGGGAACGUGCAAGAUUUGCAAGAUUGCUUGACGAGCGUGACGAGGAAAUUGGUCAACUGAAGACUUCGCUUUCGAAUGCCUUGACGCCUCAUUCUAGGCAGGGCAAGCGUGAGGCGGACAAGACUCCCUCUGCGGUUGACCGCGAUGAGAAGGUACUCUAUCACCCUUCUCCCUUCGCGACUGCUGCAACACCAGGCCGCAGAACAACCUCCAACACAGGCCAGUGGACUCCAAAGGCGAUUGACAACUACACACCGCUGCCUCAUGAACAAAGACGAGCGUCGGUAUGGAAAACAGGCCUGCAGCCUGCUGAGCAGCAUCAUAAAUUCGGAGUUCCAGGGAAAUUGGCAUCGCCAUCCCCGUCGGAGGAGAGGACACCGCCGGAAAACAAGAGUCGUGAUCUUCGGCGUAGCGAUAGCCUAAAGCUGUUGGAGCGACUUGCAUUGGCUGAAGAAGGCGGCAGUCGCCCAGCCAGGUCUCAUCAUCAUCAUACCGGUUCUAAGCGCGUCACGAAGCGAUCAAGACUUCCUCUGGACAACGACGACGACGACAUAGCCUCUCGCCCGCCUUUGCCCGCGCGUGUACCGCCACGGAAGAUGCUCUCCGUCAAUGAACUUGGCAGUCGAGCAAAGAAUGAUGGCGAGACAGGUCAUCAACGCCCAAUAUCCAGACAUCAGUCCAUACAAGAGUUCCCCAGACACAACAGACUACAGGCCUAUGUAGAGGACGGUGCGAGUGGUGGUGACGUAUAG